AUGAGCGGCAACGGUGAGCUCAAGAAUGUCCCCACGAUAAAGGCAUACAAGAACCCAGACUUUCUGGGCUUACCAACCUCUCGCCAUGUCCGGAUCAUGUGUGAGCUCUAUGAGCCGAUGCAGCGACUGGACCAGCAUAACAUCGACAAUUACUUUAUUAUAGUUGGAUCGCACUUGGUGAUGCAUCCAGAGGACCGCGCCAAGCACAUGUCCGACCUAGAGCAACAAAUCAAGAAACUCACAGCGGAAGAGGAGGUCGAAGCGCUACGUGCCAAGCUACGAUUUUCCCAAAAGAUGCAAGCGAUGGACAAGUACUACGUGAUGGCCAUGGAGCUUGGAAAAAAGCUGGGCGAAUGGAAUCGGCAGCGUGCUGCCAAAGGACUGCCGUCGUAUCAUGUCAGCACUGGCGGCGGCCCUGGCAUCAUGGAGGCCGCCAACCGCGGGGCAUACGAAGCAGGAGACAAGACGCUUGGCUUUGGAGCCAGCCGGCCUGAGUGGGGAUCCUUGAACAAGUAUGUCUCUGAGGAGGGUGCAUUCGAAUUCCACUAUUUCUUCAUGAGGAAAUUCUGGAUGGCCUACAAAUGCAUGGGCCUUGUAGUCUGUCCCGGAGGGUUUGGGUCGCUCGAUGAGCUUUUUGAGCUGCUGGUGCUUUUGCAGACCAAGAAGAUCUCUCACCCCUUGCCCAUCAUCUUGUUGGGUGAAGAGCACUGGAAGAAAACGAUCAACUUCAACUAUUUGAUGGAAUGCGGCAUGCUGACGCAGUCGCACAUAGACAUGUUAGCUUUCAAGGAUAAUGCCGAGGACGCUUUCCAGUACCUGAUCGAGUCGGUUCGAAAAGCCGAAGAGUCUGGUGAAACAGAGCAGGUGGAGACUGCAAAGCGCAGGCGGCUGGAAGCCAAGCCCAGCACCCCUUCGAAAAAGGAAAGAAGUUGA